CUUCUGAACAAACAUUUUCAAAAACGACUUAAAAACGAAGAAGUUACCAUAUGGUAUGUAGUUGGUAAAAAAAAGUUUAUCGAAAUAUAUUGAAAAUUGAUCUCAUUUUGUAAAGCACAACGAACUCGGUCCAUCUGUGCAAAAAAAAAAAAAAAUUGAAAUCCGAGUUAGAACGAAGAAGAUAAGAACCGAUUAAGAAAACCAGAGAAAAUAAAAUGCCUUUAAUUGAGAACCCUUAAAUCUGAUUUUUAUGGACCUACUUAGAUCUAAAGAUCCAGAUUUUAUGGUUCCUAAUUGAGAACCAUUGGUUACUGACCCUAUCCUAAGCCAGCGAUAACGCAAUGUUAGGGGUGCAAUCGGUUGAUGGUCAGGGAAGGAGGCAUAUCUAAUUUAAUGGUGAUGAUGAUGUAUGCGUUGAAGUGGAGAGAAAAGCACGGGAUAUUGAGGGACCAACAAGAGGAUGGCUGAAGUGUGUUACUCCCUAUUAUAAGGCUAAGGUGAGUGUAAAGGGGGUAAAUUCUACGCCUUACGAGUUCUUUCAAGUAUUACGAGCUUUAAGUAUUUUGAUGAAGUGAUUGUCGUUGGUUGAUUGUUCUUAUGGUUGAUGAUAUGUGAUUUUGUUUGAGCUAUGUUUGAAGUGAAUGUGCAUGAGUUAUAAUUUACUUUAAAGCUUUACGUUUAUAGGUUAUUAAGAAACAAGUUCUUUUUUAAGAAAUAACUCAUCUUCAAGAAGGUGAAGUCGUUUUAAGUGUUUCUAGUCACUAGCGCCAGUCCAUUGCCAUUUGAGAUUUUUCGACAGAGCAGCAGUUAUGCUCUUGAGACCUUUAAGAUGAGCAGCAGUUAUGCUCUUGAGAAUCGUGGAAGAAGAGCCUUCCACGAUAAGUUUAAGUUUAAGGAAAGCCUUGAUGGCUUCUCAUACGUAUGAGUUGGAAAUUGGACUAGCUAGUGAGGGAUCCCCGUGUUAGUCAAGUAUUUAAGUUGAGAUUUGAGCUUUAAGAAUGGACAGUAACAAUCACUCCCAUACAUUUUUAAGAGUUAAGCUUUUUAAUAGUGGAAGUACAAAACAACUUCCACUUAGUUAAGUAAAGUGAUCAAGUAUUAAACUAUUAAUAAGAUGUUAAACGUAAGAGCGUAGACUGACCCCAUCUCACUCACCAGUUUGAAGAGCUAGAGGAGGAGCUAGAGGAUUAGUUAGUGAGCAACCAGUUCAAGGACAACCAGCUAGAGGAGGGCAGUAUAAGCGUCACAGAGGAUGCUUUGUCAAGGUUUUUAGUAGUAGCAACGCUAGAGAUUAUCAGUUAUUUACAUUUAUGAUUAUGAGUAUAGACUGGAGAUCAUUUUGAGAUUUUAAGUAUUGAGUUUGCCCAUGUGUUAGGGCAUUGCUUUGAACUACAAGUGUGUGCUUUCAGUAUUUUAUUUAUGAAAUUUUUUUUCCCGCUGCAAUUUAAGAUUUGAGUAUUUUAUUUAUCAAAGGCAUUUUAGUAAAAGUAGUACCCAGCCGGGUUAGGGUGUUACAACCAAGUCAAAAUGUGAUAUCAAGAGUAGACCGAGGAAGAGCGCUUAAAGGUAAUUCAUGAUGGGUGAUAGGUUGGAAGGGAGAAGAAAGGUUUUUGGCCGAUGCUAGUAGCCAUUGUUUGUAGGGAAAGUUCUUAGUCGAAACCAUAGAACCUUCGGGUUUAGGGUGAAGAUGUAGGACCUCAUGAUGUGUUUGCCACCACCUAAAAAGCCUUUUGCCCCAUGUCUAAAAAAAUUGCCAGUUAUUUGAACCCGUGUCUAAGACAUCUAGACAAGCUAGUGAUGACAACCGUCCCGUGAACAGUAACAAUUAGAGGUUGCCGCCAUGGUGAAGAGACGAUAGGGCUGAGUGUUGAAGAUUGUGCACAUUCUUUACACCAAAAUGGUCACGACCCCACUGGUCAAGAGAGUGAGUGAUUCAUUCUUGCUUUGCAUUGCAUAUCAUACCACGGUGAGGACCUUUGUUGCCCCUUCGUUCGUUCCUUGGACUUGAAUGAUAUGCAUGGUUAGUUGUGGUUGAUAAGUGAUCUUGUUGAGACUUUCAUUGAUUCAUGAACAAGGUGGAAACUUUUCGUUUGCCUGUUUUGGUGACCUCGAAUAUCGUUUGUGGUGGAUGUCGGUAUUGCUUGCAACGGUCCAUGUAUUAAUUGCCAAUAGCCAUUGAGAUUCUCCAAUUUGUGCCCUUUGAUUUGUCUCCAAAAUAUUUUGUUAGGUUGAGAGAUUAACUUGUGUGUAAUGGUUUGCUUGGGUACAAGCAAACAUCUAAGUGUAGGGGAGUGAUUCGGGCCUAAUUGUACACUUUUUAUCCCAGAUUCUCAUUGACGUUUGUUGCAAUUGAACUCCAAAAAGGUUGGUUUUACACGAGGUUGCUUGUGUUUCAGUGUGUUUCAGAUCCUAACAGGUAAAACCAAACGUGGUGUCGAAAUUGGAAGAAAAUGAGCAAAGACCAGACAAAGAGGUGGAGACAGCCGCUGUUCAUGGCUUGACGUUGGAGUUCACGGUCUUACAGGACCGUGAACUGGAGCCAUGACCUGUCAAGCGAUGAGCGUCCAGAGGGGGUUUGCAAGUUACUGACGCCCAGGCUGUUCACGAUCGCUAAGACCGUGAAUAGAGGCCACUGACCGUGAACCUGAGCAAAUGAAGCGGUGCAUUUUGGUCGUAGCACUGAGUUCACAGACGCGUUUCAAUGUUAACGGCCGUGAACUGGGCGCAAUGUCCACUUAAAAGGAAACUGAAAGGAAGAAGAAAGGGAGAGAGACCUAGUGUGAAAAACUUCUCCUUCUUCAACUUUUAGAGUGAGAAAGUGUCGAAACAAAGAAGAGGAAAAGCUAGGGUUUCAUCUCCAAGCAAGGUUUUGGGAAUUUCUUCCCCAAAGGAAGAUUUAUUCAACACAAGGAGCAAGGGUUGCAUCUUCUUGAUGGUUUCCCUUUACCUCUCUUUCGUUUUCCCUUCUCCUAGCAUGGAGUAGUCCCUUCUUUCACUUGGGCGUGUGUGAACCCUAGCUACAAUUAUGUAAAUGCUUGUAUAAUUGAAUGAUUUGUGUGUGGUUGUGUUUUAAUGUGAAUGUGGAGGUAUUAUUCAGAAAUGAUUGUGUUGUGUGAAAGCCUAUCAAUGUAAUUGCCAUUCUAACCUAGCUUAGAGAGGAGACCUCCUUAAGUUAUAAGGCUUAAUUUGAGGUGGGUGUUCUUCAGAAUUUCAUGCCUCCUAGGCUAGUUUAGAGAGGAAACCUCCUUAGGUUAAGAGGCUCAAUAUUGAGAUGGGGUUCUUGGGCAUUUCAUGCCUCCUAUGCUAGUUCAGAGAGGAAACCUCCGUUACCUAGAGGGCCUCGAUUCGAGCCGGGUUUCGUUGGGCAUUCAAUGCCUCCUAAACUAGUUUAGAGAGAACCCUCCUUAACCUACGAGGCUCAUUUCGAUAUGGGUUUCCUUUGGCAUUCAAUUCCUCCUAAGCUAGUUUGGAGAGAACCCUCAUUAACUUAAGAGGAUCUAUUAGAGAUGGGUUUCCUUGGGCAUUCAAUGCCUCCUAUUCUAGGUUAGUUAAAGGUAAAACCUCCUAAUUCGCAUUAGCACUUAGCGUUUGGUUGUGGGUUGCCAUCCGAACUCCAAUUAGAGAGUGAAGUCUAACCAUUCCUUAGUUGAUAGAUUGAGAGGGUCACAUUAGUGGCUUGGAUCGUAUCCCAUUCCUCAACCUAGAGGCUAAGAGGGUAGCUUUGGCUACUUGUUAACUUCCAUGCGGUUUAGACCCCCUAACCACACACGGUCGUUCGAUUCUUCAAGUCAUAAAAUUUAGCUAGGGGGAGCAACACCCGAGUGAAGCUUUCUCAACUACUGUUCAAUCCAUUUUACUUUUGCAAAGCAAUUAAUUUUAUACCUUUGUUUUCACCAAAACCAAUCCUCUAGAUAAUGUUUCAAACAGUCGAAGUAGCGAUACAUGGACCGACCCAGGUCGAUAUUUAAACAUACUUUCCCUAUAUUGCGCCCAUCUAAUGUUUAUACUUGGACCUUAGGUGGGAUUUUAUUGAGAUUGUCAAAGCGAGGUAGUUAUCAAACAACAUCUACUAGUGGAGCUCAUUAUUUUUAGACAGUGGUUGAUGACUUUAGUCGAGGUGUUUGGGUCUAUCUACUAAAAUUCAAGUCUGAGGUGGCUCAGUACAUUACCAUGUUUUGUGAGAUGCCACACACCCAAUUUGGCCAGCAGGUGCGAAGGAUUCAAUACGACAAUGGUUUGGAGUUUGUCACUUCAUCCCUGCAUGAUUACUAUGAGAGGUCAGGUAUAGUUCUUCAAACUAGUUUUACCGACACUACUCAGUAGAACUGAGUUGUUGAGCGGGAACACCGUCAUAUCUUAGAACCAACGAGGGUGCUUCAUUUUGAUGCAGGGCUUCCUUACGUUUUUGGGGAGAAUGUGUUCUUAGAGCAGUCUAUUUGAUUAAUCGUACCCGACAACGACAAUAGGGAAAACCCCAUAUGAGAUCUUAUUUGGCCACGCUGCUCAAUACUCUCAUCCCUGUGUGUUUGGAUGUCUCGUCUAUGCUAAGGAUAAUCAUGGGGGGGGGGGACUUCAUAUAUUUACUAAACGUGGAGGUGCAUGUGUGUUCUUUGGAUAUGCAGCCAGCCAGCAACACAGAAAGGCUAUCACUUCUACGAUCUACUUACGCGCAAAAUUCAAGUUUUAUGAGACUUAUUUUCCCUUUCCCGCUCAAGAUCCACGUGCAUUUCACUUGGUGCCUUCUCCCACCAUUGAUGAACAGGAAGGUGCCCCACGACCAGCAGCCACUUCUUCAAGUCCUUCUUUAGUCCUCCCCAUGACUGUGCUCGUUAAUCCUUCAUCACCUUCAGUCGUGACACCCACACCCUCUUCAUCACAUGAGUCGUCUCCCCAAUCAACAAGUCACGCUCCUCUUGUUGUCCUCGAUCCUCCUUUACGUAGUAGUCUGCAGGAUCGUCACCCUACGAAGAAGCUAGAUGAUUAUGAGAGAGACCUUACCUAGCAUCUCAUGUGUGCUAUCCCAUUUCACACCAGGUUUCAUAUGAUCACACCACUCCUUCUUAUCGCUCCUACCUAGCCUCCAUUGAUUUGAUUGCAUUCCAGAGCCGCGUACGUUCAAGGAAGCGGUUAAGCGUGCUCAUUAGAGAGAGACAAGGCAAAAGAGAUAUCAGCUCUCAUUGCUAAUGACAUCUGGGAUCUCACUGAUCUUCCCCUGGGAAAGCGAUGUAUUGAUGCUACGUGGGUCUUUAAAGUGAAAUAUCUUCCAGAUGGCUCUGUUGAAUGGUACAAAGCACAGCUAGUCACCAAAGAUUACACUCAAAUUGAAGGUGUCGAUUUUCAUGAUACAUUUGCUCUUGUUGCAAAACUGGUCACCAUUCGGUGACUCUUGGCGGCUGCGGCUAGCCGAGGCUGGUUUCUCCACCAACUUGACGUCAACAAUGCGUUUCUUCAUGGUGUUUUAUCGGAAGAGGUUUACAUGAAGAUACCACCUGGUUUUGCUCAGGAUGGUGACUCUCGCGUUUUUCGGCUGCGCAAAUCCAUUUUAUGGUUUGUGCCAGGCCUCAUGAAAUUGGUAUCAAAAGUUCACCACCUCUCUUGGUGACCUAGGUUUUCGGGCAUCCCCGACGGAUCAUUCUCUUUUCAUCUACAAACAUGGGUCUGUUUGUGGUUGCCUUAAUUUACAUUGAUGAUGUGAUUUUGGCAGGAAAUGAAAUGGGGAUCAUUGAUCAUGUCAAGCGGUUUCUUGAUGACAAGUUCAACAUCAAUGACCUUGGUUGUCUUUGUUACUUUCUUAGGCUGGAGGUUGCCCAUUCUCCUCGUGGUAUUGUCAUCAGUCAGUGGAAAUAUGUGUUGGAUAUUCUCAGCGAAGAAAGGGUCCUUGGUUCGCGUCCGAGUGCCUUUCCGGUCAAGUAAUAUCAUCAGCUCACCAAGCCCUCAUCUGAUCUUCUCGUUGAUGGCUCUUCUUAUUGGCGUCUCAUUGGUCGUCUUCUUCACCUGACGGUUUCUCGUCCUGAAAUUACUUAUCGUGUCAACAUCUUAAGCCGAUUCGUCCAUGAUCCUACACAGGCCCACAUGGACACAGCUCGGCAAAUCUUGAGGUAUCUCAAAACCUCUCCUGGUCAAGGCCUUUAUUUUCCGGCUAAUAACUCUUUGGAACUUGUCGCACAUUGUGAUGCGGAUAGAGGUAGGGAUGACAACAAAACCCGAACCCACGGGUACCCACCCGACCCAACCCGGUCAACGCCGUGUUGACGGGUUUUGGGCCGGGUUCGGGUUUAAACCCGCUACACUAUUCACCGGGUUGGGUUGGGUUUGGGUUUAGGUAAACCCGCCCCAUGGGUACCCGCCCACACAUAUAAUUACUUUUUCCCGUAUAUUUAAUAUUGUAAAUAAUAUAUCUUCUUUAAACAACUAAUAUUAUUUAUGUUUGUGGAGACAUGUAUAAUUUGUUCUUUCUAACUAUUUAGAAUGAAGUUGAUAUUAUGGAGUGGAGAGUGAAGAAACUUAUUUGACGAGGAAGAAGAUUUCAAUUAAUCUUGUUGUUUAUAGAUGUUUAUCUUUAAUUUUCAACAAUUUGUAUUGAUCAUUUGCGGUUUGCUUGUAUUUCUAGAUUGAUAUCUUUUGUAUGAAUAAUUUGUAUGAGAAAAUUGAUGUUAAACUUUUAUUUUGAAAGAAAUUUGUUAUUGUAAAUUUUUUACCACAAAAACCCACGGGUACCCAUGAACCCGCGGAUACCCAGCGGGUUGGGUUGGGUUUGAGUUUUUCAAACCCAACGGGUUUUACCCCGGGUUUUUUUGGCGGAUAAACCCAUGGGUUUGGGUUUGACAAAACCCACCCCAAUCCGACCCAUUGCCAUCCCUAGAUAGAGGUGAAUGUCAGUCUACGCGUCGUUCCACCACUGCUUUCUUCGCUUCUCUUGGCUCCGCUCCGGUUUCUUGGCGCACUAAGAGAUAAAAGGUGGUAGAACGCUCGUCUGCUGAAGUUGCGUAUCGUACUAUGGCUAGCACUAUUAGUGAAGUCCUUUGGUUGCGCUGUUGCUGCAUGAGUUAGGUGUCCCGUAGUAGCGGCCUACUCCUCUGUAUUAAGAUAAUCAUGGAGCUCUUCAUAUUACUUCUAAUCCAGUAUUUCACGAGAGAACCAAGCAUGUUGAAAUGGAUUGCUACUUUGUAUGGUUGUUUCAGGCGAUAUUCAUCCUCGGAAGGUCAGUUCUUUGUAACAGGUCGCCGAUCACUUCACCAAAGGCUUGGAUGCUGAUCAUUUCUGGUUUCUUCUAUCCAAGGUGAACGUUCGUGAUCUUCACUGCUCAGCUUGCGGAGGCGUAUUGGACCGAGAUGAGCGAGUGGAGCCCAAGCCCACAUGUGCUCAUAUUCUCGUGACACUUCCUUAUAGGGCAAGGAAUUCUUUUCGGACAUGUAAUUUCAAUUCUGCUUGUGCUAUAGACAUUGCAAAGUCUCUAUAUAAAGGAGUUGUAUUGUGACAAAAAAAAAUUCGUCAGUACAAUUUCGUCACCAUAAGUGGACUAUUAUAAUGAAUUUUUUUUUUCAUG